UGUGUUCCCCGUGAAAAGUUUGUGCAGGCUAGAACACAACCUCUCUGAAUUUGGCAGAAAAGACAGGCACAUGCCCUUGUGUGAACUGAGCAUACAGAACUGAUGUGAGAUAAUGGCAGCUGACAACAUUGAACAGAAUCCACCAAACCGGGUUGGAAGAGCUCCCUCUCCACCACUGGGUUUCUUCUACAACAUAAAGUUGUUUGUGUUUUGUCAUGGAAUACUACAACUAUCUCAGCUUCUGGUCUCUGGAUACUUAAAAGCCUCAAUAUCCACAAUUGAGAGAAGAUAUGGUUUUACUAGUCAGAAAUCAGGACUUUUUGCAGCUUUUAAUGAGGUGGGGAACACAGUUCUCAUUGUGUUUGUGAGUUUCUUCGGCAGCCGUGUGCACAGGCCUCGUUUCAUUGGUAUUGGGGCGAUGAUAGCAAGUGCAGGUGUUUUUGUCAUUGCACUACCUCACUUUCUUAGUGGUCCAUACAAAUACUCUGGAUUCAUGAACAGCACCAAAAAGAACAGUUCUGAAAUAUGCCAAACAAAGGACCUUUCAAAUUCUGACUGGCAAGGUCAAAACUGCAGCCAACCAGACGCAAUUGUCUAUAAAGAAGUUUUUCCCAUACUACUUCUGGGCCAGUUACUAUUGGGAGUUGGUGGUGUUCCAAUUCAACCCUUUGGAAUUUCAUAUAUAGAUGAUUUUGCCAGUAAGAGAAACUCACCUUUUUACCUUGGCAUCCUUUUUGCUGUGACUGUGAUUGGCCCCGCUUUCGGGUACAUUUUGAGUGCACUCUUGCUACGUUUUAAUGUGGAUAUUGACAAGCUUUCUCAAGAUGAUAUAAGAAUAGAUAGAGAUGAUCCAAGAUGGAUUGGCGCCUGGUGGUUGGGAUUCCUAGUGGCUGCUUCAUUCCUCUUUCUCAGCUCCAUGCCUUACCUUUUCUUCCCAAGGACAAUGCCAAAACAGGAAACCACAAUGAAUAAACCACACAGCCCCGAACUGGAGAGAGGAAUCAAUGUUGAAAAAUCAAAACCUGACCAGAUGCAGGAACUCACCCUCAUACAGUUCAUUAAAAGUUUCCCCAAUACUGUGAUGAGAACACUGCGAAACCCCACCUACCUCCUUGUGGUUCUCGGUCAAAUCAACCUUGCUGCUAUGUUGGCUGGCCUUGCUACUUUUAUGGCUAAGUUCAUUGAAAAGCAGUUCACUUUAACAGCCUCCUUCUCCAACAUAAUGAUUGGAGGUGUGAUUAUUCCCUCAGCUACUCUGGGCAUAAUGACUGGAGGACUAAUUAUGCGCAGACUUGGUCUUUCUGUAAGAGGGUCGGCCUUAAUGUGCACAGUUUCUGUCCUUGUUUGCAUCAUUUUUGCUGUGCCCCUACUUUUCCUUGGCUGUCCCACACAAUCAAUUGCUGGACUAAAUAUUUCCAAGCAAAAUAACUCCAGUGAUUGCAGUGUGCCGUGCUCUUGCUCAGACGAAGCCUUCAAUCCAGUCUGUGGAUCCAAUGGUGUGGAAUUUAGGUCUCCAUGCCAUGCAGGCUGCAAAACAGCAGUAUUUGAUGACACAACCAAGAAUGUGGUAAACUACACAGACUGUGGAUGCAUUGACCUGCAAAGCAUUCCAAGUUAUGCUGUGCCAGGUGACUGUGGCAGCAAUUGUACCCAUCUCCUCCUUCCCUUUAUGGUGCUGUCCUCCCUCACAUGCUGCAUUGCCUCCCUCUCUCAAACACCGUCCUUCAUGAUGAUAUUGAGGACUGUCACUCCUGAGUACAAAUCGUUUGCCCUUGGAAUCCAGUUCAUGCUCUUCCGUGUUCUAGCAUUUUUGCCAGCACCUGUCCUGUAUGGAAAGGCCAUAGAUACAACUUGUAUUCUGUGGGGGGAAAAGUGUGGGAAACAAAUGGCAUGCCAGUACUACGAUCUGGAUAAGUUCAGACAGAGAUUCUUAGGACUCCAAACAUUCUUUGUAAUUGGGGGUUUGGUCUGCUUCUUCCUCUCUUUUGUUGUCCACAAGAACACUGCAUCAAAGCAGCGACACAUCAACCAACAAAAAAGUUUGAUUAAGAAGGAAGAUACACAUAUUAAUCAGCCAUUAUGUGAAGUUCAACAUUCAUCAUAACUUCCAAGAUGAAGAGUCAGCAUUGAUUUGCUUUUAAAAUGAUCUGAAGAGACACUGAUUCUCAAUAGUUUAUGGGCCUUUUUUUUACCAAACUAAACUUAUGGUCUGAUGUGUGAGACACAAUUGUUUGUCCUGGGACUUAAUGUUUGAUGUAUUUAGGCUCAAGUAUUACAAGUAUUGGCCAACAUGGACAGCAUCUCUACAGAAAUACACCUGUCUAAUUACACAGGGAAUGUAAAAAACUAUACAGUAUAACACAAGUAUUCCUACAGUCAGUGACCUACCUUUAACAUCUUUCAGGCCCAGGUUGAAAAAGCCAGAUUUCCCCUUUAACAUGUUUAAUUAAUUAUGUGUGUGUUAUCCAGCUAAGGUGAAGUCCCAGCUGAAACACUCUACAAUCACUUUUAUCUUGGCCAUAUGUAAAAGGAGGUGGUUGUUUCCACACAUCACAGAGCUUUCAAUUUAUCUUCAUCACCUACUCCUGCAACUCCUUGUAAACCACAAGUCUUGCAUGUUCAAUGUUGUAACUCAAACUCUUGUUUAUGUACAUAUAAAUUUCACAAAAUAUGAAUGUAAAGCCACAUUCAUCCUCAUAUUCUCUAUAGGGCACAAACCUGUGUGCAAGACAAGUAUGCACCAACAAAGUAUUCCUUGGUGACACCAGAAUACACAUGUAUAUGUAUUGCUUAUAACCAUAAGUAUACUUCUGCCAUCAUACGGUGGUCAUAUUACACACUGCUAUGUGAUGGGCCUAGAUUUUUAAGAAGUGUGUGCCAGUGUGUGUGUGUGUGUCAGACAAAGUAUACUUUGGUGACCAAAUGCAUAUCUGUAUCCCCAUUGCUCAAGUUCACUAUUCUGCUAUUAUGUGGGGGUCAUAUUGCACAUUGCUAUGCUGCUUUUACAAUUUGUGUCAGUGGGUGAGUGUAUGUGUUUGCGUGUAUACCUGUGUAUGUAUGUGUCUGAGCAUGUUCGUCUGUGUAUACUGCCAGUGUGUUUUGUUGUCAUGUGUGUAUGCACGUGACUGCAUGUGUUUCUGUCUGUGCAAACUUGUGUAUACUGCCAGUUGUGUGUGUAAGUGUAUGUGUAUCUAUAUACUGGGUGUCUGUGUGGGUAUUUGUGUGUUUCAA